AUGCCAGCUGAUAAAGAAACAGAAGGAAAUCCUAAUUUAAUUAUAACUAAAUGGAUUAAUAAUGUGGAGCAUGAAAAUCAAUUUGUUGACAAUGAUGAUGAUGUAACUUUGCUUUAUUCAGAAUGGGAUACAGAUUUUAAUUAG